AUGGGCAAAAUGCACCGAGAUAUAAAAGGCGCCAACAUUCUACUGACAGAGAGCGGCGACGUGAAACUAGCAGACUUUGGCGUUUCCGCUCAAAUAACAGCAACUAUAAAUAAAAGAAAGUCGUUUAUUGGUACUCCUUAUUGGAUGGCACCUGAGGUUGCUGCUGUUGAGCGUAAAGGCGGCUACAAUCAGCUGUGCGAUAUUUGGGCCAUUGGAAUUACCGCGAUCGAAUUGGCCGAGCUACAACCUCCGAUGUUCGAUUUGCAUCCCAUGAGGGCGCUGUUUCUUAUGUCGAAAAGCGGCUUUAAACCUCCUACUUUGAAAGAUAAGGAAAAAUGGAGUCCAGUAUUUCAUAAUUUUGUCAAAGUAGCAUUAACCAAAAACCCGAAAAAACGACCGACAGCAGAGAAAUUGUUACAGCACGCGUUUUUUCAAGGAGAUAUGAGCAGAAGACUGGCCUUAGAAUUGCUGCAGAAGGUGAACAAUCCUUCGCACAUGUUCGCCGAUGCGGAACCUGACGAAGACGGGGCUGUUGCCAAUGUACCCCAAAGGAUAGCAUCUAGACUGACUACGAGACCAAAGCCUCAAAAUUCCCAGUUAGUAGACGUAAACAGUAUUGACGAAGCUAAUAAUACUCUUCAAAGACUUCAUGAACACAAUGAUGCAAUAGAAGCACAAAGCCAGAAACCAUGGAAUGUAACUGACAUUAUGAACAAUGUUACAAGUGUUCACAACUGUGUCGAACAUCAAAAUAAAAAGUGGGGAAUUGGAAAUGCUUUUGACUCGUUGAAUAGAGAAAAGAGUCUAUUGCAGUACAUAGAUGAGGAAUUAAUGAUGAGGGGCACCUUCAAAUACGGACCUGCUGACUAUGAACAACAGGCAACAUUGCCGGUGCAAGAUUCGGAAACGAAAUGUGAUAUACAUACUACUCCAGCUAGUCCUGUGGACGAUUUAGCUUUAAACGGUUCCCCUCGAAGACACUCUUCGGUGGACGAAAUUUUCGGUUUGGUCAAUUCGAUGAACAUCAACGGCCAAAGACAGAGGUCGCUUAGUGAUAGUUCGAGGACUGAACGAGGUAAUGGUAGUGAAUCGAAACAGAGCAAUAAUCAUGAUUCAAGCGCUCCGGAUUUGGUCGCUUGUCCUCCAGUUCCACCUAGGAAACACAGGCGAAGACAUACACCUCCAAGACCGCCAAGUAAUGGUUUACCUCCUACUCCUAAAGUUCAUAUGGGUGCUUGUUUUUCGAAGGUGUUUAACGGUUGUCCUCUCCGAAUCCAUUGCACAGCGUCGUGGAUUCAUCCCGAAACAAGAGAUCAACACCUACUGAUCGGCGCAGAAGAAGGAAUCUACACCCUAAAUUUAAACGAACUCCACGAAACUUGUAUAGACCAAUUGUAUAAUCGCCGAACAGUGUGGAUGUACGUCAUCAAAGAUGUUCUUAUGACACUUUCAGGAAGUAAAACGCCUCAGCUGUACAGGCACGAUCUACUAGCGCUACAAAGUAAACAGUCGCACAGGUUCAGUUUGCACAUGAAUCGGAUACCCGAGAAACUGGUACCCAGGAAAUUCGCAUUGACUACGCGGGUACCCGAUACCAGAGGUACACUUAAAUGUUGCGUUGCCAGGAAUUCAUAUAACGGCUACAAGUACCUUUGUGGUGCCACUGCCACCGGUAUUUAUUUGAUGCAGUGGUACGACCCAUUGAAUAAGUUUAUGUUGUUGAAGCAUGUUGAAUCCGACUUGCCAAAUCCUCUCAACGUAUUCGAAAUGAUAAUCACUCCGGAAUUAGAAUAUCCAAUGGUGUGCGUGUCCAUUAAACAAGCGUACCAACCCAAUAGGUUUAAGCUAGACUUAAUUAAUUUAAAUUCAGGGGCCAGCUGGUUUCACUCGGACGAACUCCAAGACAUGGACGGCACGGCGACGGUGAUUCCGCGCCGCGAAAACUUGAACAUCGUCAACGUGACGCAACUGGACAAGGACGUCAUUCUAGUCUGUUACGAUAACGUCAUCAGGAUGGUGACACCUCAGGGCCGUAUCAAAGUUAGCAAAAAGCAACUAAGCGAACUACGUUUUGAUUUUAGAAUAGAAAGUAUAAUUUGUUUGCCGGACAGUGUCCUGGCAUUUCACAAGCACGGAGUGCAAGGUAGGUCGUUGAAAAACGGCGAGAUUACGCAAGAAAUCACCGAUACUUCUAGGACUUAUAAAUUGUUGGGUUUUGAUAAGGUAGUAAUGCUAGAAAGUAACUUGUUGAGAACCGGGACGUUGACAAACGAAGAAGGGCACGAUUUGUACAUUUUGGCUGGACACGAGGCUAGCUAUUGAAAUGUUUUGUAAAAAUGCUCAUUAAACAAAAACCCUUCUGCUUUGCUUUAGUCAAGAAAAAAGGAAAAAAACUCUUGUAGGCUAAUCAAAAUAAUUACCUUUUCAGUAGCGUUAUAGAAGUUUUCUUAGAUCGGAAAAAGAAAAAGUUUAAUUACGAAAUUAUAGGCGGCGUUUUAUAUAAUAUAUUAUAUAAGUAGAUGUUCCAGGAUACAAAAACCAUACAUCUCAUUACUUAAGUACCUUCGUUACAUAAAAAAAAAAGAAUCAUAAAUACAUAUUUUUAUUCUUGGUGUAAGAUAAAAAAAAUAAAGCAUGAUGGUAUUUUUGAAAGUGUUUAAAAAAAAAUAUAUAAUAUAUUUUUUGGUGAUUGAUGACUAGUGAAGUCUAUUUUAAAUUAUUAAUUAAACAAAUCAUCUCUUAAGGGUCAUUUACAUCAAUUUAACUUGAGUUAACGUACGGAAAGUAUGAAAUUUAGAAGGUGUGUGUUUACAAUGAAGUUAAUUUUCUAUGUGUAAUCUUAUUGAUAAUCACAGACUAAUUCAAUUUGUCCAUCAUUCAUAAUUAUUAUUGUAAUUAAAGUACGGAUUUCCUCAAGUUGAAAUUGGUUUAACUUUUUCGUGCGUUAAUUUUUAAGUGGAUGUAAGCAACUACAUAUAAUUACAUACAUAAGCUUCAACUUUUCUUUAUUUUUAAUUUUCUGUACGUUAAGUUAAAUGGAUGUGAAUGACCCUUUAAUAAGUACAUAUUUAAAUUUGUAAUAAAUUAGAAUUUACAUAGUUGUAAGUGGAACAUGUAAAAUGUAUAGUUUUCUGGUCUCUUUUUUCAAAAAACAACCAAUCCAAAUGUAUCCCCAAAUUUGAACCUGUACUGAGAAUUUAAAAAAAGUUACGAUACUUUUACUGACAUUAGGGAGAAAAAAAAAAUCUUCCACUUGUAGGGGCUCUGCUAGAGCAAUGAUAUCUUUAGUAUGAUAAGCUCCUAAUUCUAAUGUUCUUCUUUUCACAAAUUUUUAUUCACUACUUUUUCAGAAAAACCUUAAAAUAUGCGAAGAUGUACUUAUGAGUUGAAUUUCUAUGUUGUGAUUUUUCAUUAGAAAACGUUGAAAUUUCAGUAUAAUGUUCCCUCACUGAUUUUCCGGAAAAAAAAAACAUUAAAAUAUGUAUAUUGUGUUUCAAUUUAAUUUUUACAGGUUGAUUUUGUGUUGUUUUAUACUGAAAUUUUUCUGUCUUUUUUUACAAAGUCAGGCCUUCUAAACAUUUCAAUGUUCCAUUUACAUACUAAAAAACUUUAAUAAGUUUUAAAUUUGUGCUUAUAGGGGUGCAUUCAAUAAGCUGAAAAUAAUUCCUAUUUAUCUAGUGGAAUGAUACAAAAAAAUUGUCAGUGUUGACUUAUUUAUUUGCACCCCUUUCAAGCUCAAAACUUUGUAAAUAAAAACUUGCAUAAAGAUUGAAAAUGUUAGUGAUUUUGAUUGGGCAGCUCAAAGAUCAUUUAAAAAAAAACCAAUCAAAUUUGCUCUUAUUUGUAAUUUCUAUUGUUUAAAAUAGGGUAAAUUGUAAAUAGAGUGAUAUGUAGAUACAUUUAUUUAUUUUCCAGAUAUUGAAACAUUUUUUUUUUUUUUUCCACCAUCAAUACUUUCAUUGCAAAAUACCAGCUUCAAACAAAACAAAAAAAUAGUUAAAUUAAGUGAUUUUUCCUUUGAAAUAAAUCAAUAUCAAUUUUAAAAGCAUGAAGGCAAAUAAACCAAUUGUAAAUAUUGUAAAUGCGAUAAUAAUGAUUAUUAUAAUUUAAUUUAAAAAAAAGUAACAAUAUGUCGAAACAUACCAAAAAAUAAUUUAAUGAACUUUUAUUUUUUACAAUUAUUGAAUUUAACUUUAGUUUAAAAACAUUAUGGUUUAUUUUUGCGCCAAACAGUUAAUAAUCCGUUCUCUAAUAUCACACAUUAUGUUAUUUUAUUUAUCGAAAUAAAAAUAUUUUAAUUGUU